GCUGGUCUUAUCUUAGUGAUACAGUAGCAGCAGUACUAUGUAGUAAUAAGGAACUGAACAUAUCUUAGUGCAUCUUACAAUCAAUAUCUGAAUUUCCUCUCUUCCAUUCCUUCCAACUACUCAUAAUUACUACAUUUCUUAUCUUCUCCAUCCAGAUCAUGGCGGUUGCGGCUGCUGUUGGUGAAGCUUUUCUGUCUGGUUUCAUUGAAGUUGUUCUUGAUAGGCUUGCUUCUCCUGAGGUUGUUGACUUGAUCCGUGGAAAGAAGGUUGACGUCAACUUGGUCCAAAGGUUGAAGACCACUCUUUACGCUGUUGAAGCCGUGCUUAAUGAUGCUGAGAAGAAACAGUUCGAAGACUCUGCUGUUAACAAAUGGCUUGAUGAUCUCAAAGAUGCUGUUUAUGUUGCUGAUGACAUUUUGGAUACCAUCUCUACCAAGGCUGCUACUUCUUGGAAGAAAAAGGAGGUGAGUACUAUUACUAACUACUUCUCUCGCUUUUUCAACGUUGAAGAAAGGGAGAUGGUUUGUAAGCUGGAAGAUAUUGUUGCUAGACUUGAAUGUAUUCUCAAAUCCAAAGAUAUUCUUGGUCUUCAACAUAUUGCUACUCACCACCAUUCUUCUUGGAGAACUCCAUCCACCUCUCUGGUAGAUGUUGGAUCUAACAUAUUUGGUAGGGAUCAAGACAAAGAGGCCAUACUCAAAUUACUGUUAGACGGUCAUAAUGAUGAUGAUGCUAAUAUUUCUGUGAUCCCCAUAGUUGGCAUGGGUGGUUUGGGAAAAACCACUUUGGCCCAAUCUUUGUACAACCAUGACAGUGUAAAGCAGAAGUUUAAUGUUCGAGCAUGGGUUUGUGUAUCCGAUGAUUUCAAUGAAUUCAAGGUAACAAAGGACAUCGUGGAAGCAGUUACUAGAAGUGUUUGUAAUAUAAAUAACAAAGAGUUGCUUCAUCUUGAUUUGAAGGAAAAACUAUCUGGAAAAAAGUUCUUAAUUGUUUUGGAUGAUGUCUGGACCGAAGAUUAUGACGGUUGGAAUUCUCUUUUAAGGCCUCUUCAAUAUGGUAACAAGGGGAGUAUAAUACUUGUAACAACCCGUAUUGAAAAAGUUGCAUCUAUGGUCCAAACUUUUCAAACUUACCAUCUUGAGCAAUUGUCUGAUGAAGAUUGUUGGUCAGUGUUUGCAGACCGUGCUUGCUUUUCUCCAAAAGAAUCCACUGAGAAUAUGGAUCUCCACAAAAUUGGCAAAGAGAUUGUCAGAAAAUGUAAGGGAUUGCCUUUAGCAGCACAAUCACUUGGCGGCUUGUUGCGACGUAAACGUGACAUCAAGGAUUGGAAUGAUAUACUAAAUAGCAACAUUUGGGAAAAGGAGAGUAAGAUCAUUCCGGCACUAAGAAUUAGUUAUCAUUAUCUCCCUCCAUAUUUAAAACGUUGCUUUGUUUAUUGUUCCCUGUAUCCUAAGGAUUACAAAUUUGAGAAAGACGAUUUGAUCUUGUUAUGGAUGGCCGAAGAUCUUUUACAGUCUCCACAAAAUGGGAAGACUUUAGAAGAAGUUGGUUGUGGGUAUUUUAAUGACUUAGCUUCAAGAUCAUUUUUUCAAAGUUUUGGAAGUGGGAACCAGUACCUGCAUUUUGUGAUGCACGACCUAGUGCAUGAUUUAGCAACAUUUCUCGGUGGAGAAUUCUAUUCAAGAAGAGAAGCACUUGGUAAUGAAACAAAGAUUGGUACCAUGACUCGUCAUUUAUCAUUUAGCAAGUUCAAUGAUCCAGUCCGUGAAAAAUGUGAUGUUUUUGACCGUGCAAAACAUCUUAGGACGUUUUUUGCAAUCAAUUUUAUACGUCCUCCAUUCAACAAUGAAAAGGCAGCAUGCAUCAUUUUGUCGAAUUUGAAGAGCUUGAGGGUUUUGUCACUGAGAAACUUUAGUGAUCUUGUUGAAUUGCCUGAUUCAAUAUCUGAACUAAUCCAUUUGCGUUAUUUGAAUCUCGCUAAGACAAAUAUCAAGUCAUUACCAGAGUCAUUGUGUAAUCUUUAUAACCUACAAACAUUGAAGUUGCAGAAUUGUUCGUACCUAACCAGACUUCCCAAUAACAUGCAAAAUCUUGUAAGUUUGUGUCAUCUUGAUAUAACAGGAUGUAAUGUAUUAGAAGAAGCGCCUAAAGGAAUGAGGAAAUUGAUUCAUCUGCAACAUUUGAGUCACUAUGUUGUGGGAACGCAUAAAGAGAAAGGGAUAAAGGAAUUGGGAACACUUUCAAAUCUUCACGGAUCACUUUUCAUUUCAAAAUUAGAGAAUGUUAUCAACAGCUAUGAAGCAUCAGAGGCAAAGAUAAUGGAUAAGAAGUAUCUUGAGGAAUUAUGUUUGCAUUGGUCUGGAGAUGCAAAGGACCAUUUUACAAAUUCACAAAGUGAGAUGGACAUACUUGACAAGUUAAUGCCUACUAAGAACCUGAAAAUUCUAGAUGUACAUGGAUACAGGGGUACAAGAUUUCCAGAAUGGGUUGGAGAUUCUUCCUACCACAGUUUGGUUGAGUUAUGUUUGUCUGGUUGUCCAAAUUGUUGUAUUCUUCCACCACUUGCACAGUUACACUCUCUCAAGGAAUUGACAAUAAGUGGAAUGAGUAUGUUGGAGACUAUUGGACAUGAAUAUGGUGAUUCCUUUUCAGGGACACUCUUUCCCUCUCUUGAAUAUUUGUUGUUUAAGGACAUGCCAUGUUGGGAAAUGUGGCAUCAUUCCCAUGAUUCUUUUCCUGUACUGAAGACUCUUUUGAUUAUUGAAUGUCCCAAAUUAAAGGGAGAUUUGCCAUCUCAUCUUCCUAUGUUGGAAACAAUUAUUAUUCGAGGAUGCAACCAGCUUGGCUCUUCUCUCCCAAAGGCUUUUUCCAUCCGAAAGUUAAACAUAUUCAAAAGCAAUAAAGUAGCCUUGCACGAACUGCCCCUUUCAUUGGAAUUAUUAGAUAUUCAAGGAACAGAGGUGAUAGAGUCUGUCUUUGAAGCUAUUGCCAUCACCUUACCGACAUCUCUUCAAAGCUUAGAUAUCUGGGAUUGUUCGUCUGUCAUAUCUUUUCCAGGAGAUUGUUUACCCACAUCCUUAAAGUUUUUGUCCAUUUGGAAUUGUAAACAUCUUAAUUUUCCAAAGAAAAACCACCAACUUGAGUCACUUCAGUCUUUGAGUAUAACUAGCAGUUGUGAUUCUCUUUCAACCCUCCCACUAGACAACCUUCCGAACCUCAAUACUCUCAAAAUCCAUAAUUGUGAAAACAUAGAAUGUCUUUCUACUUUGAAGAUUCUUCCCAAUCUUGUUUUUAUUGAGAUUAGUAACUGCCCCAAAUUUGUAUCAUUCCCAAGAGAAGGAUUGUCUGCACCCAACUUGGAAGAAUUGUAUAUCUCCAAGUGCACUAAUUUAAAAUCAUUGCCUUGUCACAUAAAUACUCUUCUCCCAAAGUUACAAGAGAUGCGUAUAGAUGAAUGUCCAGAAAUGGAGAAAUUUCCUGAAGGGGGUAUGCCGCCUAGCUUGAGAUCACUACGUAUCUGGAAUUGUGAGAAAUUAUUGAGGAACCCAUCUCUAACUUUGUUUGACAUGCUUUCUUGUCUUUCAAUUGGUGGUCCAUGUGAUGAUGUUGAGUCCUUCCCUAACAAGGGUUUUGCGUUGCUGCCUCCCUCCCUUACCUCCUUAAUUCUACGGAAAAUGUCAAGUUUGCACACGUUGGAGUGUACGAGGCUUCUCCACCUAACAUCCCUCCAACAAUUAACAAUUGAUGACUGUCCUCAGCUGGAGAAUAUGGAGGGAGAAAGGCUGCCUGCUUCUCUAUUAAAACUUAUAAUCUUUGAAUCCCCUCUGUUGGGAGAACGGUGCCACAUGAAACACCCACAAAUUUGGCCCAAAAUUUCCCACAUCAAAGGUAUUUGUGUUGACUACAAAUGGAUUUAGCAAGCAUGAACAUCGAUUUUCAAUAGACAUGGUAGCGGCUAACCUCCUUGUUGAUUAUGCUGGUAUUGUUUUGUACAAUCAAUCAAUAUUUUUUAAGUGAUGCAAGAAUUCUGGAGAAGAAUUUGGCAUCAAAGUUCAAACAUCAACUAAAAGUCCUCUGGUUAUUAACACCUUUCAGAUGGUGGACAUCUUCAAUUGCAGGAGCCAUCGUAGAAAAGUUUGCUGUGGAGGGUUAAACAAAGUCACUUGCUGAAUAAGCUCUUGGACUUGUGAGACGAUGGAAUCAGGCGCUUCAUACAAGUUUGAUGUGGAUAUUCCAUUUCACUUUUUGCUGCGGGGAUAUGUAAUGUAUCUGAAUUCUGAACACUCCAUGAGGGAAAAUCCAAACUGGAUUUCUCCAGAGAAAAUGUUGGGGGAACAUAUAGAGAGCUUCCUUAUUUGUGAUUGAUUAUUAGUCUGCUGUUGCACCAUUUUAAAUUUGUCUAUCCAUUGCUUGAAAAGAAAUCUCGAUGGAACAAAUUGAAACUGGAAUUGUGCUAAUUAGAUGGAGGAGUGGAUUACUGGUGUAAGGGAGGGAAAUUUAAAAUUCGGGACGAAGGAGAGAGCCACCAUCCAUACAACAAGUCUUACCUACUUGGCUACUCGGUGAUGCUUAUUGUCUAUCUUCUGAUUGGUUCAACUGAGGACUCUAGUUAUUGUACCACACAAAAUGUUAAUGGACAGUAGCCCAUGCCUUUCUGGAAAGCUCGAGACAUGCGCUAAUGUGAUGCAAGAAGUUAACUACUUCCAAUUUUCAAGGCACAUUUGUACGGUCUUGCACACAUCCCAUGCUUUGAUGGUCUUUGCUACUUACUUUAGGCAUCUAAAAGGUUUUAAUUUGGAUACCUAUACUACAUGAAACAUAGGAACUAGUUUUCUUGAUCAGUUUUGGAUGAUUGCUUACUUUAGCUAAGCACCAAAUGUGAAUAUGUAUAGAGUUUGACAGACUGCUCCAAAUAGUUUCCGCUACAAGUCAACAGGUUCCUAUACCCUCUCCAAUUGAUGCUUCACAGUUAUGCAUCUGGAUUUAGUUGAUAUUUCUGCUGCUUUUAUUGGAGUUCUCGAAACAUAGCUACUGAUAUCUUAUCUUUCUGUUAUUAGCUUCAACUCUCUGUAACAGCACUUUAAACUCUUGUAAAUCUAUAUAAAGUGUACAUCAAUUCAAUCAAUAGAAUGAGAUUGUUGUCCUCAUUAUUUUUGUAGAUGGUAUUAGGGAAUCGGAAUCAGAUGGCAUGCUGUGACCUGACCUCAAGUACCACAUUUACUAACAAGAAUAUUAUUAUCAUAUAUUGAAUAAUAUUACUAGUUUGUUUGAAAA